GGCGGUGACGCACAGUGACGCAGCGGUGACGUCACGCGGGAGAGCCGCCAUGCUGUCCCGGCUGCUGCGGGAGCACCAGGCCCGGCAGAGCGAGCGGCGCGAGCUGCAGGAGCGGCGCCGUCGGGAAGCGAUCGCCGCCGCCACGCGGCUGACAGAGGCGCUGGUGGAUCAUCUGAACGUGGGUGUGGCUCAGGCCUACGUCAACCAACGCAAGCUGGACCAGGAGGUGAAGACGCUGCAGGCGCAGGCAGCGCAGUUUGCCAAGCAGACGGGGCAGUGGAUCACCAUGGUGGAGAACUUCAACCAAGCCCUCAAGGAGAUUGGCGACGUGGAGAACUGGGCGCGCAGCAUCGAGCUGGACAUGAGGACCAUUGCCACAGCCCUGGAGUACAUCUACAAGGGGCAGCUGCAACCUACCUGCUCCUGAGCCCCCCCAACACACCACGGAACACCCCCCCUCCCCUACCCACCCCCCCAGUGUGGAGCAUGGGGACCCACCCGAGCAGAAUAAAACCACAGUGAGGAGUGGCGUGGCCCCAGCUGCCCCCCCUAAGCCCCCUCAUCCUC